UCUGUUUUAUGCCAAACCAGUUCUGGUGUGGUGGAUUUAUGAUUGAUGUUCUCUAUGUGAAGCACAAGGAGUCAUGGCAGACUUUUGGUUGAUUUCUGUCCCGCUGGACAAGACCAGUUUAACCAGUGUGGAGAAACUGAAGCGGACCAUCACCAAAACCCACCUAGCCUCAUCCUGGAAGUUCUCCAUCCCAGAUCUGAAGGUGGGGAUUCUGGACAGUCUGGUUAGAGUGUCAGACGACCUGUCAAAGCUCGACACGCUGACUGAAAGCGUGAUCAAAAAAACCUGCCAGUGCUUGAAGGAGGUGAUGGAGCCUCCUGGCGACAAAGUUCAAGAAUACGCCUUAGCCAACGGAGACCACAGGAUGAAUCAGAGGAGCGCAGCUCCGUCACCACUGAAGACUUACCUCACAUCUCUAAGAGUGGACCUGAUUAACUAUGUCACCAAGUUUCAAUGGGACAAAGCCAAGUAUCCCACAGCUCUGCCUCUCUCCACCUUGACAGACCUCAUCAACAAGGAAAUAUCACAGGUGGAGACUGAGUUAAGAUCCCGAGCCACAGCCUACAACAGCCUGAAAGCCACCUUACAAAGCCUUGAACACAAUCUGAAUGGAAAUCUGCAAACUCGCAGUCUGAAUGAUAUUGUGAGGAAAGAAGACCUGGUGGUCUCUGAGUAUCUAACAACUCUGUUGGUGGUGGUAAGCAGAGAAAAAUAUCUGCAGUGGGAAAAAAGCUACGAAUUCCUGUCAGAGUUCGUGGUUCCACGGUCGAGCCGGAAGAUUUUUGAGGAUGGAGAUGGGGGGAUCUUCUCGGUGACGCUGUUCAAGCGAGCUGUGUGUGAAUUCAAAGCCAAAGCUCAGGAGAGCAAGUUCAUUGUGCGGGAGUACAGCUUUGAUGUGGAGGAGAGGAAGCACCAGGAGAUCAUGAAGCUCACCGUUCAUAAAAAGGAGCAGUAUGGGAUAUUUGUGCGUUGGCUGAAGGUAAAUUUCCCUCAAGUGUUCUUCGCCUGGAUUCACUUGAAAGCAUUAAGAGUUUUUGUGGAAUCAGUCCUCAGGUAUGGACUUCCUGUGAACUAUCAGGCUUUUCUCCUGGAGACGGACAGGAAGCGCUCAAAGAAGCUGAAGGAAGAGCUUUCCUCACUGUUUGUGCAUUUGGACCCCACUGCCAGCAUGAAGGAGGUGAGUUGUGACAUCCCAGGGCUCUGCCAGCAGGAGUACUCCUCCUAUAUCUGCUUCCACAUCAGCACCAACAUGCUGGAGAUCAGCGAGCCGUCAGCAACGUGACCGACAGGAAGAGAGCAGCUCGUCGACCUCAGGCAGUCUGGGCCAGAAAUACAUUAAUAUUAUUAUGAAAAGUUACCUGUCACAGAACAACAUCUUGAAUAUAAUAAUGGCCUGUGUAUAUAAAUCUCACCUUUUUCGGGGUAAAGAAGUGUAAAUAUUCUGUCCAUGGGAUGGAUGUGUAUCCUUGUCACCAGAAUGCUAAAUUCUGUAAAUAUUUGAAAGUUUUCUAGUGAUCUAAAGCUCCAGACUGGCACCUCUGGUAAAGCUGUUAAAAAAGCCUUAAAAUAAAAUUUUGUUUUUAAUUGCAGUAGCUUAAACUCCCCCUGAAAAUGUAGAAAAAUCCUAAUUUUAAUUUGAGUUUAAAUUUGUUCAUUGGGGAAAAAUCCCUCUUUCAAAAAUUAUAAUUUUUUUACAUAACCACUGAUUCCACUAUUAUUGUCACCCCUGCUGUCAAUGCUUUGUAAGACUCUGUUUUACCAUUAGUAGAGCACUCAGACCACAGCAUCACAGCCCUCCACCGUACUUAACAGUGGACCUGUAAUGCUUUUCCACACAUUCAACCUUUGUUUUUGGCCACACACGUUUGUUGCCAAGUGCUCAACCUUAGUUUCAUUUGACCAUGACUGACUUAUGAAAAUCCACACACAACCACUUAAAUGGAAUGACAUGUUCUCGUGUCUUUCCCAUUCGGAGAGUAGUCCUAUGGCAUUGCCCUCUAUGUCUUGUCAUAUUUAAAACUUAGCUAAAAAUCAUGGAUUCCUAAAGAUAGUUUUAUCAACUUAAAAAAGGGUAAAGUAAAGCUUCGUGUAGGAAUUGCUGGGGUGGCUACAAGUAUGGCAUCUUUGAUUUUGUUAAAUAAAUGUAUUAUUUUACAUAGGAUCUUUCCUGCAACUUAAAAUUGAAUUUAUUUUUACAUUUCCAGAGCAAUUUUGCUACUGCAAAAACAAAAAUUUAUUUUUCACACAUUAACGGUUGUUCCAGUGUAGAGGGUGCUGUAUUUAACUAUUCUAUGCUGUAAAUGUUGAUAUUGCUCAGCUUGAGAUAAUUAAAGAGAUCAUGUCCUUCCAACAACUUUUGAAGCUGUCAAGCAAAUAAAGUAGAUUCUGCGUAUUUUAAAAGAAA